GAAAGAUUUAAACUUACGUACAUCCUCAAAACCUUGUCUUUGUCCUUAAUAUCUUGGCAAGGAAUUGUAGAAAUCAAAUUGAAGUAGUUUCCGUCUAUUGAGGCAAUCUUUUAAAAAAAAAAGAAACAUCCCGCUGAAAGCCCACAAUAGCUAUCCUGAGUACCCGGUGGGACGACUUGCUAAGCCACUUAGGAAUAAACCAAAACUGAAUUCUGAUCUUCCCCUCGUUUACGUCAAGACUGGAAUUCCUACAUAGAAGAAUUUCGUCUGUGCCAAUCUUGAAUAUAUAUAUAUACAUAUAUAUAUACAGUUUCUCCGACAGCCUUAACAGCUAAGUAUAGAAGUCCACCGAAGUUAACAUGCGUAUUCUUCGUCGGAAGACUAAGAAGAGGACGACUCCGAAAACACAACUAUUUCUCAAAAUCAAUGCCAACCGGGCAGCAGACUUGGUUCCCACGGAGGUUGCUGCUAGUCACAGUGCUGGCACUGCCCCACUGUCUACAUCUUCCAAAAAAAGUGUCAAUCCAGUGCUUGUAGCCUCGCUCAAUGGGUACAAGCGUAAAACUGUGAGGAAGUUGCACACCAGCCAACCUAGUUGGGACGACUCUGUGCAUCUCCCAUUGAAACAAAAUGACUAUUCCCAACUCCUUGUGUUAACCAUUUGGGACAAACAUAGACGGUACAAGAAUUAUAUGGGAGAACUUCGAUUAAGUGUGAGUGAUAUUUUCACUAAUUCCUCGAAUUCCUUUUCUCUAACCAGCGACUUAAAAUGGUACAAAUUAUACUCUGGACAGUCAUAUCAAGGCUUUGUUACGGGGUCUCUACUUCUUUCCUUUGAACUUGUAGUAAAAACUAAGCGUAGAAAGAAGUCAACUGGAGUCGGAAAUAAAACUACUAUUGUUAAUAAAAGCAAGGAUACUGGUGCGGUUCCAACGGUUCUUAUUAAUCCACCUACCGCCCAUGAUCUUUACACAAAGAUUGACGAUUUAAAUCUUGAUGCCAUGGAAGAAAAUGAAUUGGUUCCCGUGAACACGUUAAGUGAAGGGGAGAAGUCCAUUCUUCUCCAAGCAUGGCUAGAUUCAUUGCUUGUCUCCAGCCCAGAUCGCACAUUAUUGUCCCCGAAUGAACAAGGAUUCUAUCCUGAUGGUCCAACCAUCAUGGCAGAUGGAUCUGAUUUAGAAAGUGUUACACCUUCACUCGAACCGACCUCGGAAUCUGGAUCUGCUCCAAUUCCGAUUUUGAAGGCUACUGGGGAUAUUUCCCAUGACAAUCUCCUACAUCCAGAUGAUAUAUCGGGCUCUGAUUAUUCUAUCUGCACUGAUGACAGUGCAGCGGAAUCUGACGAUGCUUCACAAUUUUUGGAUAGUGGUGAUGUAUCGUUAUCUCAACUGCUGCUUCCAUUUCUGGUACAGCUGCUGAAUUUACUCAAUCCUCAAGAUAUUCCAAGUACAAAGAAGAAACAUCCACUUCUGAAACUUCGUCUGAAGGCUUCACAGAAUUCACAUUUCGAAGUCAGUAAUAGAGAUGUUCUUGGAGUUAUCUUCUUGGAAAUUGUAUCGUGUUCUGAUCUCCCACCACUCAGUAAUAUCACCCGUACGUCGUUUGAUAUGGACCCCUUUGUUGUGGUGACAUUUGGUAAAAGAACAUUCCGUACUUCCUGGAAAAGACACACUCUCAAUCCAAUCUUUAACGAAAGAUUAGCAUUUGAAAUUUUGGCACAUGAACAUAAUUUCAAUAUUCAAUUCUCAGUGUUAGAUAAGGACUCAUUUUCAUUCCAUGACGAAGUUGCCGAUGUGACGGUUCGAAUGAAGGAAAUAACCGAUAUGUCUACGGAGACUUCGUUUGCUGAAGCAGAUGGUGCAGAUGGAACAGAUAGUGCUGCUAUGGAGGGUGAAACUGUAAGUGGGUUUUCUAUGGGGUUGCCAGUAUUAGACCCCGUUGAUUAUCCAUCGCUGACUAGUAUUAGAUUGUCUGAGGAUGCGAACAUGGUGAGUUCUAUUAAGAAAAAGCGCUUUACAAAGAGAAAGAAGGUUACUGUGAAAUACGAAGAUACUUCUAAAUUUAAGACUAUGGAUUUGGCAUUGAACAUUCAUAAAGAGAAAUACUUGGGAAAAUACAAACCUACACUCAAGAUCAGAGCUAGAUUUGAACCAUAUGAAAGCUUAAGACGUCAAUUUUGGAAGGUUUUACUUGAGCAGUAUCUGUUGGGUAAUGAAGGUAAGUACGAUUACAUUGAACUUAUUGCCCUUUUGGAUACUUUGGGGUGUGAGAACAGUGACGACAUUGUCAGUGGGUUCUUUGAAAGUGUCGGGAAGCUGGCUUGGGGAGGUGAUACAUUGACUAUUGAAGAAAUAAGUGACAUGUUAGAAAAGCAUGUAACAUCCAAUGCAGGUCAGGGGAAUAAGAUAUUCCAAAUUGAAAAAUGUCCAAUUUGUUGUCAAAAGAGAUUAUCUAAAAAGCAAGAUGUUGAUAUCAUAACGCAUGUUGCCAUAUGUGCAUCUAAGGAUUGGAGUAUCGUCAACAAGUUACUCUUGCUGUCAUAUGACACACCUCAAGUGGCUACAAGACGAUGGUUUUCUAAAGUCUUGAUCAAGCUUACUUAUGGUAAGUACAAACUAGGCAGUAACUCGGCUAAUAUUUUGGUUCAGGAUAGAACUACAGGGAUUGUUAUGGAAGAAAAGAUGGGUGUUUAUGUUCGAUUGGGAAUAAGAGUGCUUUAUAAAGGACUUGAUUCGGCAAAGAAGAAGCGUAUAAGACAAUUACUUAAAAGUCUUUCUAUAAAGCAAGGAGCAAAGUUCGAUGCUGAACAACUGAAAAACGAUAUUAAGGCGUUUAUCAAGUUUCAUAGUUUAGACCUCUCAGAUUGUCUUGAAGAAGAUCCACUGAAAUACGCAACCUUUAACGAGUUCUUUUACAGGAAACUCAAACCUGGAGCAAGAAAAUUAUCAUCUGAAGAUGAUAGGGUAGUUGUGUCUCCAGCUGAUUGUAGAAGUACAUGUUUUGAUUCCGUUGAUGCGGCAACAGAAUUAUGGGUCAAGGGACGCAACUUCACUUUGGCUAAAUUAUUUAAUGGGAAUCUUGAAAACCUUGAAACAACCGACUUAUUUAAUCCAUCAAAGUGUUCAUUGGGGAUUUUCCGGUUAGCACCACAAGAUUACCAUCGAUUCCAUUCUCCAGUAAGUGGUGUUAUCCGUUCUAUUAAGCAUGUUGAUGGGGAAUACUACACGGUCAAUCCUAUGGCUAUCAGAUCUGAAUUAGAUGUCUUUGGAGAAAACGUUCGGUCAAUUAUUUGCAUUGAAACUGAACAUUUCGGUACGGUGAUUAUGAUUGCAGUGGGUGCCAUGAUGGUAGGGUCGAUUGUACUCUCUGUGGGAGAACAGCAAAAGAUUCUGAGGGGAGAAGAAGUUGGAUAUUUCAAAUUUGGAGGUUCAACUAUUCUUUUACUUUUCCAAUCUCUGCAUUUCAAGUUUGAUUCAGACUUGGUAAAUAAUUCCAACACAUGUGUUGAAACUUUGAUUAGAGUGGGUCAGAGCAUUGGUCAUUCACCUGAAGUACCAGAAUGUACUCAAGACCAUAUUGAUUUCGAUAAACAAUCGAAGGACUUCAAGUUGAACUUGAUCCGCGUGCUUACAGGUGGUGACUUGAGUGACACUAAAGGUAUAAGCAAUUGGGAAGCCUCUAGACUCCUGUUUGAUGACGAUGAUGAAGUCUUAUAUAGUGGAGCUGAAGAAGAUAUCAAUGACGAAGGUUUAGAUCUCGAAAACGAUGAUUAACUACAUGAAGAAAUACAUAAACAAAAUACAUUAAGGGCGAG